UGGAACUGAUAUGGGUAAUUGUUUUAGCUAUAGCGAUAAUAUACUCGAUAGUCUCAACAAUCCUCUUCUUAUUCCCCACCAUUAUUCACUACAACCACGAAAAUAAGCUCGAUAAUGUGACAAUAUCCGCCCACAGGGGUGGAGCAGGGGAGUUUAUUGAGAACACUAUGCCAGCAUUUGAUCACGCCGUUCAGCUUGGUGCCAACAUGCUGGAGAUUGAUGUUCAGGAAACUAAAGACUCCGUUAUAGUGGUAUCUCAUGAUAAUGACAUGUACAGAGCAACUGGAAAGAAGGGUCUGAUAUCAGAGACCUUAUACGCUGACCUACCUCCAUACUCAAACCACUUGUUUUUGCAGUUCGACAGAGUCCAGUGCAUCAGCAGUCAGACUGAUUUCAGUUUUGUUAAGUUAGCCGAUCUGUUUGAACACCACAAAGACGUUAUAAUUCAUAUAGACACUAAAGAUGGCAAACCUUCGCUUAUCAACACCGUCUCUGAGCUGGUUAUAAAGCAUGAUAGAUUUAGUAAUACUGUGUGGGGUAAUAUGGCUGAAGCUAAGAACGACCUCAGCUACUCUGUUAACCCUGAUAUCACCUUGUUCAUGUCUAUACGAAAAGUUGCACUUACAUAUGCCAUGUUUUAUCUGGGACUCAUAGGUUUCGUUCCCAUGAAAGAGGCAGUUUUUGAUAUCCCCAUGCCAAGUGCAAUAGUAGACCAGUUUAGUGAUGUGCUAUCAAGAGGACAGAAGGUACUGGCUUACACCGCCCACUUUCUCAUAAUGAACAGGUUACUGUUCUGGCAUCUUAGAAGACGUGGUGUUAAAGUGGUGGUGUUCGUGUUGAACCAGGAGAAGAACUUUGUGAUUGCUGACAAGUACUGUGUGGAUGGUAUCAUGACUGAUUUCCCUAGUAGACUUGUUAAGUAUCACAGUGAUAACUGUAGUGAGAGUGGGGAGACUAGUCAGAUAUUGGGCAAUGUUAGUUAAGAUAACUAAGUUAAGAAUUUGAUAUACGUACUGAAACUGUGUUACUGUGCAGUAAUUUUGUAUUUUAAGGUUCUAUGUCAGCCAGAGAAUCGUGAGACGGUUCAUCUAUCAUCAUAGUGAUUGUUUUAUUUCGAGGAAUUUUGUGUAGCUCUAGAUUUUAGGAUUCCAUGUACAUUAUGUUUGAAACUUGAUUAUUGAGAUUGUUUAUGAUCGGUAGUUUUGUGAUUUUUAAAACGUUUACAUAUUAAUUAGUUAAUUACUCUAAUAAGUUUAUUACUCUAUUAUUAUUUAGUAACAUGAUAUGUUGCCAGAUUGUUCAUGGUGUGUUGUUC